AUCCCAGCUGACCUCCCUACUAAGGACAGAGCGACUUCCAUCUCCGCUGUGGCCCAGAUUUCUCAGGGAAAGAUAAAAUGAAUAAUAAGAAGAAGCAGCGGAGCUCAGGGAGUGGCCUCCCUUUCUCAAAACCUUCUAAGAACCCACGGCUGAAAGACCCCCAUGGAAGCCCUGAGAGCUCUGUGCUGAUGCAGUCACAACACUCUGGAGAGUCAGAAGACAGCUCUGGAAGCUCCCAGAGCUCCCUGCUGAUGCAGUCACAGCACUCCAGGGAGUCAGAAGACACCUCUGAAUCUGCUGCCUCUGUGGAGCUAGGUGGGGAGGAACCACAACCUACAGCUUCCAGCUGCUCUGUGGAGGACACAAGAGCUGCCUCUGACCUCCCAGGGUCACCAGAAGAGCUAGUCUCCCAGCCUCCUUCCCAGAACUCAGUCAGGAGGUUUGUCCCUCAGUUUGCCAAAUCAAAGAAGACAAUAACAAGAAAGGCCAAGGCAUGGAAAGAGGUUCCAAAGAGCUGCACAGGAAGCCAGGAAACAUGGCCAGAGCUGGGUGCCUUCCAGGCAGGCAGCCAGCCAAACAAGGAGUCCCUGAAGUUCCCUUUCCAUGAUGCCAGAAGACCAGAAGACCAGACAUGGGCAGAUGGUACCUGCUCAAAGGAGAGGACCAUCUCCCCUGAUAUUGGAAGCCUAGGGAACAGUGAUUUUGAGAUGCAGAGGACCAGGGUUCAAGACAGUGAUAGCCAGGAAAGAUACCUGUCAGAUGGUGAUGCUGAAGGAAGGCAGGCAGAUAGCAGAACCCCACAGGAAGGAGGUGCCCAAGAAGGAGGAACAGGGACACAGCAGACUGGGGAACCCCAGGAAGGAGAAAGCACCCUCUACAUUUCAGCAUCAGCUCCUGCCUCAGACCCCACCGUGCCUGUCCCCACACACAUAAUCAGCAGCACAGGUGCAAUACCAAGCUGCAGCAGCCCAGUAGAUGCCUCUCUUACAGACAGUGUCAUCAUAGAUGUGAGCUUAGAUCCCUCUCUACUGCAACAGAGGGCUCCAGAGGUGGUCACGCUGCCAGGCUCUCCAGAUGGGCAGACCCCUGGUGGAGGCUGCAGUGGGACUCUGCUGGGCCACACACCUCUUGCUGAGGAGACUACAGCAGGCAGAGAGGAGGCCAGACUGGAAGAGGGGCCCCAUGGUGACAUCCUGGCAAGCCUCACUGAGGCUGCAGUUCCUGGAAAACAAAAGCCCAUGGUGGAUGCUGGAGAUCCAGGCUAUAUAGAACAGGAAAUGAGUUCAGCUGUCAAGACCAAGCACUCUGGCUCUGAUGGACAGUUGCCAGAAGAGAUAGGAACACUGACUUUAGAGGCACAGCCCAUGAACCAAAAGGUAGUGGAGUUAAGCAGCCUGAACUGCCAUCAAGACUUUGAGAGCCUCAGUUUGUCCCCUGACACCUCCUCUCAGCUAAAGCAUAGCCAUGCAGGUAGUGACCUUCCCCAGAGGACCAAGGCCUGUCAUAGCAGCCCAGGAAUUCCCACAGACCUGGCAGAGCAGCAGCCAGCUCCCAGUACUGGAGAUGAGGCUACAUGGCAGGAGUCCUCAACAAUGGAACUGGACUUCCUGCCUGACAGCCAGAUACAAGGUGCCCUGGAUGCCCCCAACGUGGAGGCCCUAUCUGAGCAGGGUUUUCCUGCAGGAAAUGUGCCAGGCCAUGGCUGGCCUGUCCCUAACCCAUGUGCCAUCAGAGGAUCCCCAACGGCCAUGGCCAAAGCUCAACCCAGACCUGCUGUGGGGACCUGGGCCCAGGAGGCCUGCAGGAUGCAAGAUGCCACAGACACAGUGCGUGGCCUUGUGGUGGAGCUCUCCAGUCUCAACCGGUUGAUUAUGAGCACCUACCGGGACCUGGAGGCCUUUAAGCGAAGGAAGACCAAGCCUCUGCCUCACCUGACAAAGGGGGCGGGGAGCCUUGCUAGAGGGGAUCACGGUUGGAGGGAACUCUAGGCUGCUCCAGCCUGCGACUCAACGUGCCCUCCAGGCCUAUGGGGGUCUGCUUACCUGGGGCUCCAUAUACCCGAGGCUGAGGGCACCCGAGCUUCAGAAAUCAUCUGAGAACACUGCCCUGCCCCAGAUGCUCCUCCAGCUUUCAGAGCCCAGGCUCCUGAGCCACGCUGCA